AUGUAUGGAAUAAACCAGCGCUGUAUUUACAUAUCGUUUCAUUUUUUCGUGCUGUGGUGCCAUGCUCAGGGGGAGAAUCACCCGUCUCCUAAUUUUAAGCAGUAUGUGAGGACGCAGGGCGCAGUGACGGACCAGCUGAGCCGCAGACAGGUCCGGGUGUACCAGCUCUACAGCCGCACCAGCGGGAAACACGUCCAGAUUCAGGGCAAAAGGGUCACCGCCACAGCUGAGGAUGGAAACCUGUACGCUCGUCUGUUCGUGGAGACGGACACGUUUGGCAGCCGAGUGAGGAUAAGAGGUGCAGAGAGCGGGCGCUACCUCUGCAUGAACCGGAAGGGGAAACUUGUGGGAAAGCCCAACGGCCGGAGCAGGGACUGCAUCUUCACAGAGAAAGUGCUGGAAAACAAUUACACAGCCUUCCAGAAUGCCAAGUAUGAGGGCUGGUAUGUGGCGUUCACCAGGAAAGGGAGGCCCAUCAAAGCCUCGAGGACGAGGGAGAACCAGAGAGAGGUCCACUUCAUCAAGAGGCUGCACACGGGCCCGCCUCCCUUCCCCAACACGGACCAAAGCAAACACUUUGAGUUCAUCCGAUUUCCAUCCACACGUCGCGCGAAGCGGAACAGGAAAUCACGUACCUCUUCCUAACACGCAGAGACAGCAAAGGACUGAUGACAGAACUGUGAUAUAUGGAAGAAACAGAUGCAGUUUUAUUUUUG